AAGCGCGGGGGGCGCUCACGCAGUGGUGUACGUGUUGAAGCGGAGAGUGCUUGCUGAAGCAACUGGUCGGUGGAGGAUGGCUGGGAAUCCGCCGUCGAGGCAUCUCUGGGUCGGCGGACUACCGGAGGAAAUAGGGGAGGCGGAGAUCAAGGAGCUGUUUACUAAGUACGGCAAGGUGGAAGGCGUGAAAAUCUUGCCCCAACGCUAUCCUAACCAAGGCGUUGCAGCCUUUGUUGACUUCUACGACGUUCGUAGUGCAGUGGAGGCCAAGGAGGCUAAGAUAAUCUACGGCGGCUGCGACCUACGCACGAAUUUCAAGACAAAGUCGACAGAGAGAUUCGAUAAGUACGAUCACUUGCCCAGGAGAGAAGAGUACGGAAAGGAACCGCCAAUUUACUCGGCAAAGCGUGUGAUCUCUCCAUCUCCGCCACCGGAAAACGAGAAAGAGAGAAACAACAAAGAUAAAGAGAAAUCUCGUGGGAAGGACAGGUAUAUCUGUGGGAUGAUUGGCAGGGAAAGGUGUUUGUGUUGGACUUAGCUAGGGUGUGCUCUAUUUAGAUUAAUCAUCAGUUUGCUCUUUUUAGAGAGUAGUAGUGCGACCAUUCAAUCUCAGUAUCUAGUUAGUUGUACAACUGAAGAAGGGAUAAUCAUCAAGUUGAGGAGCUCUAAAAGUUUAUCUUUGUGUGGACACGGUUCAAUGGAAGUGAAGACUUGAAGAAAGAUGUUGAAUUGAACACCUUAUUCAAUGGAGAAGACUCUGUACCACACUGUUUGAAGGAUCGGCUUGAGAACAGGAGUGUGUCUUAGUGUGUAGCCUGCUGUUUUGUUGUAUGUGAAUCGGAGAUGCGCAAUCGUUUGUGUCGUGAUUGCAAAAGUUGCAACCACUUGCAUGGGUACGCGUGUGGUGUGCUGAGUUUCGAGGUGAGUCAAAUGAACUAUUGUGAACACCCUGUCAUUUCAGAGGUUAAAGAGGUGCACUGUGUAAUAGUAUCGUGUACUUCGUCAAGGGCUAGCAUUGUAUGGUGAAUUACGUCCCUGUGUAUUUGUUUGUGUGUAGCUCAUCCAGUAGUUCCAGUAGCAGCAGUAGUAGCAGUGGGAGCACGACCAGUGAUGGCUCCAGCUCAGAGUCAGAGGGCGGCACAGGGACCAAGAAAUCUCGCAAGAAGAGCAAAUCUGAAAUUGACAGUCUGUUUCUAAAGAUCACCAACCUCUCAACAAACAGACCCGAGCGAGUGUUGCAGGAUGGGUUGUACUAUGAGUUCACAAGGUACUGUCCCACUGCCGUUGUUCGGAUGUAUGGAGAGGGCAAAGGUGCUUCAGCUGUGGUCAAGUUUGCCUCGAAGGAGAGCUGUAAGAAGGCAUACGUAGAGGCACAAGGCCUGGUGUUAUUUGGCAAUAAGUUAAAGCUUUCGCCAGUAAAUCGAGAUGACUUCCCAAGUGGAGGAAGAGACAUCCAGACUGUCCAGGCAGCUGCUCAUAAAGGCUACACUCCUGAUGACAUUGACCCUCAGGCAACACACUCUCUGUUUGUGGGUAAUAUUCCAAAGAACAUCAGUGUUUAUGAGUUGAGGGAUAUCUUCCAAAGAUUUGGUGACGUAGUGGAUGUUGAGAUCAAGAAGAUGAGUGGGAACGCCACCUAUGGGUUUGUGCUGUUCUACGACCUGCUCUCUGCUGUGUCUGCCAAGCAGUUCAUGGAUGGAGAGAACAUUCAUGGCCAUAGCAUCAGAGUAGGGUUUGGGAAGGGGACUCCGAGCAAGAUGCUGUGGGUUGAUGGGAUUGACGCUGACAUGUCGGAGUCUGUGCUGGAGAGGGCCUUGGGCAAGUAUGGCAAGGUGGUUCGUCUUGGUAUUGACCGGCAGAGGAGCUCAGCCAUGGUCCAGUAUGAGAGCAUUGAUGCAGCCAAAGAGGCACUCAGUGGAGUGAAGGGAACCUUCAUUGGAAAUAGCCGAAGAAUUAUGACUGACUUUGCCAAUCGGGAUGCGAGGGCUGCCUUCUUUGCCCGUGUUGAGAGUGGGGAUCAGUUGGGACCUCCCAGAUUCCCUGGCCCAGGGAUGUAUGGCCCUGGUGGGAUGGGACCUGGACCUCGUGGCAUGAUGAUGCCCCGCCCUGGAGUUCCCAUGAUGGGCAUGGGACGAGGGGGGUUCCCUCCCAUGGCUGGCCCACCCAUGGACAUGUACUACUACAAUCCCUACAUGGGGGAGGGGGUGGGAUUCUAUGGAGGGCCCCAUUUUCCACGAGGUCCUCCCAUGAGGGGCAUGAGGAGAUUACACCCGAGGGAACGAGGGGGUGGGGGGCUGGGGGGCGGGACCCACUUCGAGGAGUCCUACGACGACUAUGGAGAUGAGCUGAGGGCCUUCAGCAGAAAGAGGGAGAUUGAGAAGGAGGAGAGGAAGUGGAAGGAGCACAGGAGACGACAUUCCUCUUCUGACAGUGGUGGGAGUGAUUCAGAAGGAGGAAGUGUAUCUCGUCGCAAGAAGAAGAUCUCUCGAGACAAGGACAAGUCCAGGAAAUCAAAAAAGGAGAAAGAUGAAGAAAAGCGUAAAGGUGGUGGGGGUAGCGAGGUGUCCAGUGGAGAUGAAGAGGCUACUAGGAAAGAGGAGGCAAGGCUGAAGGCCACUCAGAGGUCACGGGACCUCCGAGAGAAGCUCAAACGGAAGAACCACAAGAAAGUGAAGGAAGGCUCUCACAGUGACUCUGGAGAUUCUGGCUCUGAUAACGAAGCUGACCUGAGGAAGACCCUAAAGAAGAACCGAGAGAGAGAAAAAGAGAAAGGCAAAGAGAAAGAAAAAGACCGUGGUGGCAGGAAGGAACCAGUGAAGGCAAGGGACAAGGAUUCUGGGAGGAAAGAUGAGGAUAAGAGGUCGAAAGACAGCAAGGCGAAAGGGAGUGACAAAGAAAGAGAUCACAGGAGAGAGAAGGAAUCCGAAAGAAAGGCAGGAGACAUUAAAGAAUCAGAGAAACAGCAGACAUCUGGGGAUCAUUUGAGGAGCAGUUCACGAGAAUCUACAAGGAAACGACCCCAAACGACAAAACUCAGAAAGAGCGAAACCCCGCAUCACAAGAUGAGCCGCAGCAAUUCGGAAUCGUCAAAAACUCCCACAUCUCCUGUGAAAGCCGUGAAACCUUCCCCUCCACUCACCAAGCCAACCAAACCCCCCAGGACUCCUCCCACACCCCCAAACAAGAGCUUUAUGGAGGAAGAAAAGGAAGAUGACAACAAACGACCCUUUCCUGAAACUGCAGGAGAGAACAUGGACACUCUACCACCACCUCGAUCACCUGAGCCAGAAGGACUUAUACGUGAAGACGAUGGAACUAUUGCCGGACCCAAGGAUGCUCCCGAGUCUGCCAGUGUCCCAGACACCCCUGAGAGCCCUCCUGCCCCUCCUCCGUCCAACAAGAAGGAGCAGAAACUUGAGAGUGACCUGAGCAGUGGAGAAGAAUUUACAGAGAGCACAGCAGGGAGUCCCCUCUCUCCUCGAGGCCCAGCUGGAGAAGAGGUGCGGACUGAGGUGGUUCAGCCACAGGCAGGGAAUGGAUCCGAAAAUGAGCAACCUGGAAAGAGGGAAGAGGGAGGAGAGCCAGUGAGAUUCAAGAUGAAGGUGUCCCGGUUGAGGGCAGGGGUGUUGUCUCCCACUGCCACUCAGUGGUCACCUGAUCACCACCACUCCCCACCCCACACCUCUCCUCCGCCCUCAAAGACACAGACCCGCCACUCCCCUCCUCCUGCUGCACCAUCCAAUACCACUUCAGACAAUGCCUCUACCACUGCCUCCUCCCGAAUUUCUGGCAUGGAAGAACUCGAUGACUCACGCAAAUCCAGGAAGCUCCCCCGUUGCUACCAAUUGGAGGACGAGAGACUCCGAGAGAAACAGAGAGAGCCCAAGGAGCAUAGGCAUACAAAACAACACCCUCGGCCCACAACUCCAUCCCCUCCACCUUCCUAUGCUGCCUCUUCUUCCACUGCUCAGUCGUCGCACCGCAGACGGCAUGCCCACUCUCCUCCUCCACCUCAGCAGCAGCAGGCGGAGUACGGACGCUGGAGACAGCGGGGAAGCCGUCACUUCUCCCCCACACCUCAGUUUGGUUCCCGGCGAUAUUCACGCUCCCCACCUCCACCCUUUGGGUACCCCAAGUCUCCCCCGCCUCCUUCCCACGGGGGAGGGGGCAGGUCACCUUACUCCAGUUCUCCCCCAAGGCCACGUACCCCGAUCCAGCGACCACUACGCGACCGUGGCCCUGGAGGAUCGCGACACCGCUAUGACUCUCCUCCCUAUGACAUGCCACCACGAGGGAAACACGGUCGUCAUGGGUCUUCCCCUGUCCGACACUUCUCCCCCUCUCCUCCUCUGCUCCUCUCAUCACGACCCCGAUCACCCGGGGGACCCUCCGGCCGUCGCCACUACCAGCGCCGCUACUCUAGAAGCCCCUCUCUACCACCAGUGAGACGAUCUCCUCUCCGUCGUAAAGACCCUCCCCGCUCACCAUCCCCUGGGAGCAGCCGCAGCUCUCCUCACUACCCUGAAGAUCGUCUGGAGCCCCGUAAGUUUACCAAGAAGCCAUCUCAUGUGGUCUACAGCCGGUCUCCGUCACCACCAAAGUCUAAAAGGAGGGAAGGUGGUCUUCCAAGAGAGGAGUACCCCGACUCCAAACGUCGGAGGGUGGAAGAUUCCCGAGGUGUCAAGUCGCCUACUACCAUGCCAGGACCGGUGAAAGAUGAGUCAACCAAGGGCUCCAGGCCUGUCAAGUCCCAGCCUCCUUUGUAUGCUGCCUCGUCAUCUGAUAGACAUCAUGGCUCUGGGAAAGAACCACAGCAGGCGUGGUAUAAGUCUGAGACUGGGGAGGGAGGCGUGGCUCAGGGAGGUGGGACCCCUCGUUCCUCCCACCACACGGCCAGCCACGGCAAGAUGACCUCCUCUCCUCCAUCCAAAGUUGCUGCCAGUUCUGUGCCUUCCAAACCUGUGCAACAGCCUCAGCCACCAGCAGACAACCUCCUUGACCUGCUUAGGAGGUACCCAGUCAUGUGGCAGGGUCACCUGACUCUAAAGAACGAGUCGGCUGCUGUCCAGCUCCACUUCCUGAGUGGGAAUGCCCAGCUGGCCAAGAGCAGCCUCCCAGGGCUGGGCGAGGGUCAAAGUCCAGCUCUCAGGAUCGCACAGAGGAUGCGGCUGGAGCAGACCCAGCUCGAGGGUGUCCAGAGGCGCAUGCAGAAUGAGUCGGAGCACUGCCUGCUGUUGGCACUACCCUGUGGGAGAGAUGCAGGGGAUGUGCGUGCACAGACGCAUGCUCUCAAGAACAGUCUCAUCUCUUACCUGCUCCAGAAACAGGCUGCUGGCAUCAUCAAUGUUCCUGGCUCACAGGUGAAUGCAAACAGUUGUUCAGUGCAGUGUUUCUUACAUUACUGUGACAAUGCAUGUGAAAUGAUCACUCAUUCAGACAACUUACAAGGCUCACUUCCUUGGGGGGUCGGACAGGGUUUCAGGCGCGUAUAGGGCGCUCCGCCACUACCAACAGUCCUCGUCACAUAUGCCACAUACAUAGUGCAUGUACAUAGACUUCAGUACAUUGCAAAGAGAAGACAUAUUUUACAUUGCUAGCAAACCUAUCGCGUAGAAGAGAGGUGGAACCGUUAUCUCAGACCUCCUUUAUCCUUUUCCUAGCGGCGUGGGGACAUCGGUGGGUGGUUUGCUACUACGUUAUGUUGCCUCCAGUGAGCGCAGGCCGUAAUCGGAUGCUCAAGCUACGACUUACCACAAUGUUUACAAAGCCUCCGAUCUGCUGGGGGAUAACAUUUUGGAAGAAAGAUGAUGACCUCCGUUCAAACAUCGUUCUCGGGAAAAUGAAUCAAUACUGGGUUUGUGCUACACAUCUUCCCUCCAUGCCAGUUCUCCCAGACACACCUCGCCCGUGUGGCUCCCGACCUCCUCAGCAGUGCCUCUGACAACUGUCACCUCAUGAUUGUAGUAGCCACCAUGUGAUCAGUAUACCACUGAUUAUUGCUGUUUGUAUAAUUGUACAUGAUUUUUUUGGUUUUAAAGUCUGUGAUCUACUGUAUCUCAGUGUGUGUGUAGCUACACAUCGUCGCAUGGUCGGCGGCUUCUAUGGCUGUUACAUUGUGCAAGAAUACAUAAAGUACAUAUUUCCAUGUGUCAGCAAACUGCAUUUUCACUGAUAGAAUACAGUGUCAUGGCUGGGUCUGCAUAUCACACAGACUUUCCUUUGGAUUGUGCCUUUCCCUAGCUGUUGUUGAAUACUACUUGACAUAGACAAAUCGGUUUAGCCACUAGUUAUACCAUAAGUUGAUGGCGUUCAAUUAACUUAGGAGAGC